AUGGUCCGAUACGCCUCAGCACACGUCGUCGCUACCAACCCGGAGAAGUUCGCGAAGGCUCGGGGAGAGUAUGUCCGAACCCACUUCAAGAACAUGCGGGAAGUGGCUGCUGCCAUCAGCGGUCUGUCAUUGAAGAAGGCGUACACCUACCUCGGCAACGUCACGGAGCACAAGCAGUGCAUUCCCUUCCGCCGUUUCGCCGGAGCUGUCGGCCGGACUGCCCAGGCUACCGAGUUCAAGACGACCAAGGGUCGUUGGCCCGUCAAGUCGGUGCACUUCAUCACCCGUCUCCUGAAGAACGCCGAGUCCAACGCCGACGCCAAGGACCUCGCCGUCGAUGAGCUCAUCAUCAAAAACAUUGUCGUCAACCAGGCCCCCAAGACCAGGCGGAGGACUUUCCGUGCUCACGGUAGAAUCAACCCCUACCAGGGCCACCCUUGCCACAUCGAAAUCAUCCUCUCCGUCCCUUCCUCCGAGGUCGCCCGCUCAAAGGACCUUGACGUCGCCAGCUCUAGCAAGAAGGGCAAGAAGAUCCAGGCUAUCGAGGCAUAG